AAGACGUGCAAUCGGGAAAAAUGGCUACCCCAGAUGGUUGUGAACAUUACGUGCGCAGCUGUUUGAUGAAAGCACCUUGCUGUGGCAAAUUAUACGUCUGUCGAUUGUGCCACGAUGCAAAAGAGGACCAUGAAAUGGACCGCUUCCAGGUUAAAGAGGUCCAGUGCUCUCAUUGUCUUACAGUGCAGGAGGCACACCAAACUUGCCAGGAGUGUAAUGUGAAAUUUGGGGAUUACUAUUGUGAUAUCUGCCACUUGUUUGAUAAGGAUAAAAAACAGUAUCACUGUCAACCCUGUGGAAUUUGCAGGAUUGGCCCAAAAGAAAAGUAUUUCCACUGUCAAAAGUGCAACCUCUGUUUAGCAAGUGAAAUGCGAGGGAACCACAAGUGUGUAGAAAAUGUUUCAAGACAGAACUGCCCAGUGUGUAUGGAGGAUAUCCACACAUCCAGGAUAGGAGCCCACGUUCUUCCCUGCGGGCAUCUUCUGCAUAAGACAUGCUUUGAUGACAUGGUCAGAACAGGUGCGUAUCGCUGCCCGCUCUGCAUGCACUCUGCUUGGAACAUGGAGGAACACUGGGAAAUGAUGGAUUUAGAGAUUGACCAGUCCCCUAUGCCCACUGAAUACCAGGAUGCUACUGUGAAGAUCAUAUGUAAUGACUGUCAGGCCCACUGUACAGUUCCAUUCCAUGUCCUGGGCAUGAAGUGUGGGGGCUGUGGCUCCUACAACACGGCCCAGGAUGGAGGUCUCAUGCAGCACACCCAGGAACGAGCAGCCCAACCACAAGAACAACAACAACCGCACCAACCAGAGCCAGAGCAGGAGACCAGUCUCAGUGAUGACACAUUGGCAAUCCAUCCUAGUCCGCUAGACUAAGCACUUGUUUCCCCUUUGUCUCCCUGUCUCAACAAUCCCAUUUUCUGAAGAUUAAAGACCUUUAAGUCUAUUUGGCUCAA